AUGAAGCUGCACUAUAUCGGAAUCAUCAAGAACGAUGUUAAACCCGGCAUUGAGCUGGUGUCGGAGAAGGAGCUCAGCGCAUACUCGCGAUUCACACGCCAGAACUAUGGCGAAUUCAUGACCAUGUUCUCCAAGACGGUCGCGGAGCGGACGCGCCCAGGCCAGCGACAGGACGUUGAGGAGCAGGACUAUACGUUCCAUGCGUACGCGCGAUCCGAGGGUGUGUGCGGCAUCAUCAUCAGCGACCACGAGUAUGCGCCGCUGGCGGCACAUCAGUUGCUGUCCAAGGUGCUCGACGACUUUUUGGCGUCGCACCCCAAGUCGGCCUGGGCCAACGGCCAGCUCCAGACCAUGCCCGAACUCAAGGAGUACAUUGCAAAGUACCAGGACCCGACCCAGGCCGACGGCAUCAUGAAGAUCCAGCGCGAGCUCGACGAGACCAAGAUUGUCCUCCACAAGACGAUUGAGAGCGUGCUGCAGCGCGGCGAGAAGAUUGACGACCUGGUGGCCAAGAGUGACGGCCUGAGCGCACAGUCCAAGAUGUUCUAUCAACAAGCAAAGAAGCAGAACUCGUGCUGUUUGAUCAUGUAG